UUCACCAAGUCAGCGAGGGCUCGUGCUGGGUCCACAAAAGGCAACAACAAUACCGAUAUGGAAACACAAAAAGGGGACCGAAAAUUCAAACCACCACAAGUAAACACAAACGCCAGCAAUACUGACGUCUUGGCUCCAGUUCUGGGAGGUACAAGCUUAAAAACCAGUUUGAGUGCCGGCUACAAUUCUUCAAACGCAACCAUUUGGGAACACAACAGCGGACAAAGCUCUCUUAAGACGAUGAUUGCACUCUCUUGCUUUCUUCUCUUUUCAUUUCAGAUUAUUCUCUUCAUCUGAAUCUCCUCUUGUAUUCUCUGUCCAUAGCUAAUAAAUGAUAUAU